GCGGGACCCCUGACCCGGAAGGACCAGGCAGCGCCCGAAGGGCCGGAAGUGAUGGCAGCCCCGCGAGCCCUGCUUUCCUAGCAACCGAGCCGGCUUCUUAGCGACGGGAGGUGGCUCCCGCGUCCCGGGUCUCGCCAUGCCGGUGCGGGUGAGCGAGUUCACCUGGCAGCAGACGCCGGCCGAGGUCUUCCUGUCGCUGCCUCUGCGCGGCGUGUGCGUGCGCGACGCCGACGUGUUCUGCGGGGAAAGUUACCUGAAGGUUAACUUUCCUCCAUUUUUAUUUGAGGUGUUUCUCUACGCUCCCAUAGACGAUGGGAGUAGCAGAGCCAAGAUUGGGAAUGACAUGAUUCUCUUUACACUGUGUAAAAAGGAACCAGUUAUGUGGGAGACCCUUUCUAUGCCAAGUGUUGACAAAGAGAUGAUGCAGAGAAUAAGAGAAAAAUCUAUUCUGCAGGCACAGGAGAAAGCAAAAGAGGCCACAGAAGCAAAAUCUGCUGCCAAGCGGGAGGAUCAGAGAUACGCACUAGGUGUGAUGAUGAAGAUUGAAGAAGAAGAGAGGAAAAAAAUAGAAGAGAUGAAAGAAAAUGAACGGAAAAAGGCAACUAGGGAAUUGGAAGCGUGGAAGGAAUGCCAAAGACAAGCUGAGGAGCAAACCAGAAUCCCAAGGAAAGAGAAAUGCCAGCGGGGAAAGCAAGCUGAAGAGAGGGGGGCACUGAAGCCCCCGAGUUUGCCCAGCAAGGCCCCGCCCCCUCGCCUUCCCCAAAGAGGGAGGAAUUGGGAGAACAUAUUUUCUGAGAAGGUAAAGGAAGAUGGCAUUCCCGCACCGCGCUCUGCUGGCAGUAUUCAGAUCAGCUUUACCCCUCGGGCGUUCCCAACUGCUCUUCGGGAGUCCCAGCUGGCCGAAGAGGAGGAGUGGCUGCAUAAACAAGCCGAGGCUCGGAGAGCCAUGAGCACUGACCUUCCUGAGUUCUGUGACCUGAAAGAAGAAGAGAAGAAUCCAGACUGGCUGAAAGAAAAGGGGAACAAAUUGUUCGCAACAGGAAACUAUCUGGCAGCAGUUGAUGCAUAUAAUUUAGCCAUACGAUUGAACAGGAAGAUUCCAUUAUUGUAUCUGAAUCGGGCUGCUUGCCACCUCAAACUAAGGAACUUACACAAGGCCAUCGAGGACUCAUCUAAGGCGCUAGAAUUGUUGACACCACCUGUUUCCGACAAUGCCAGCGCAAGAAUGAAGGCCCAUGUCCGACGAGGUACAGCAUUCUGUCAACUGGAAUUGUAUGUUGAAGGCUUGCAAGAUUAUGAAGCUGCACUUAAGAUCAACCCAGCCAACGCAUUUGUACAAAAGGAUGCGGAGAAGAUUCGGACUAUAAUUCAGGGGACAGCACUGAAGUCUCAUGACUAAAGACAGCUGGGCACAGGAGUCACUGUAGUGCUCCAUCAGCGUGAAGAGCGAAGGGCUAGAGAUCCUUCGGAAAGGCAGAGCUAAGAACCAUCUCCAGGGCGGGAGUGGCCUGUCUCACCACCUUUGACCCCAGCACUGGGAGGCAGAGCCGGAGGGCUCUGUGAGUUUACGGCCAGCCUGGUCUGCACAGGGAGACCCUGUUUCGCAGCACAGAACUGAACAGAGAGGGCGGGCUGCUCUGAUUCUCGGUCUUGGCAGAGGGCUUGGCCUUCGAUGUUGCUGUCCUCCACUCUCCUUGCUCUUGUAAUUAAGCUGCUGCUGCUGCUGCUGCUGCUGCUGGGGUUUCCAGGAUACUACUGAGGACGCAACAGAAUAGAAUUUCCACUUAAAGAUUGUACUUACAAAGGUUUUAUUAUAUUAAAUGUAGUAUUUCAUUA